CUGCUGCAAUUCCUGCUUUUCACCCUCAUUUCCCUUCUAAUGGCGCCUCUAUCUCGUCUGCUGUCGCUGGCAGCCCUCACCGCGUCUUGUACCAAUGCUAUUGAUGUUCGCAUGGGCGUGAGCUUGAUUGACCACAUCGAGCAUCAACCUUCUCCUUUGUCCAAACGGGACGACACUGAUCUGUCUUUACUGUACCCGGCGCAUAACUUCUCCGUACCUGUUGACCACUUUCACAAUGAGACCAAGUACGAACCACACUGUAAUGACACUUUUAAUCUGCGAUACUGGUUUGAUGCUUCUCACUACAAAGCUGGAGGUCCCGUUAUCAUCUUGCAAUCCGGCGAGACGAGUGGCAAAGCCAGACUUCCAUUUCUGCAAAAAGGUCUCUUAGCACAGAUGGCAGAGGCCACAGGUGGAAUCGCUGUCGUGCUCGAGCAUCGCUACUAUGGCACUUCCUAUCCCGUCCCGGAUUUGUCGACCGAAAACUUCAGAUUUCUGACCACUGAACAAGCAAUGGCUGAUGAAGCUUACUUUGCCGCGAACAUUCAAUUUCCUGGUUUAGAGGAGCAUGGCGACUUGACCGCAAAGACGACGCCCUACAUCGGCUAUGGCGGCUCAUAUGCAGGCGCCUUCAAUGCCUUCUUACGCGUGCAAUAUCCUGACAUCUUUUGGGGUGCCAUUUCCAGCUCGGGAGUCACGAAAGCCAUUGACGACUAUUGGCAAUACUAUCAGGCGAUUGCUGAGUACGCGCCUCCAGACUGCGUCGCCUCUCAUCGAGCAUUGGUCAGCUUCUUGGAUGGCAUCCUCAUUGGCAAGAAGCAUCUGUCCACUGAGCUCAAGACCGUCUUCGAUAUGCAAAAUGUCACCUAUGACGACGAUUUCGCUACCGCCAUCACGGUCAAUCCUAUUGCGGGCUGGCAAAGUCUCAAUUGGGAUCCUGCUGUCAGUAGUCACAAGUUCUACAGCUACUGCAGCAACAUCACCUCCGCCGACAUUCUCUAUCCGGGAACCGAGAGCAAGAGAUCAGCAGUGGAGAAGCUUAUUGAAGAGUCUGAUAGCGAAGCAGUCGUCAACGUCAAUUCCAUCCUCAACGUAAUCGGCUAUACCAACCUCACACAAGUAUCCAAACAAGUCUCAUCCGACAAAACCCAGGACCAAUACUUCGGCAAUGCGCGUGACGCCACCCAUAACUCUCUCACGAGCAUCGAAGAAGCCGCUUGGAAGUCCUGGCCAUACCAAUACUGUACCGAAUGGGGUUUCUUCCAAACCGGCAACACUCCCCCCGAAUACGGCCUCCCCCUCGUCUCCCGCACCGCCGACCUCGCCUACACCAGUCUCGUCUGCCGACUCGCCUUCAACGUUACCUCGCGCCCCAACCUCCAAGCCGUAAACAAAUACGGCGGAUACGAAAUCUCCUACCCGCGCCUCGCCAUCGUCGACGGCGAAUGGGACCCCUGGAAACCCGCUACACCGCACGCCUUUGACUGGGGAGCUCGCAAUCGCAGCAGCACAGUUUCCGAACCGUUCAUUUUGAUUUCCGAGGCAGUGCAUCAUUGGGAUGAAAACGGGGUAUUUCAGAAUGAGACGGUAGAAGGAACGCUGCCGCCAAAGAGAAUUGUAGAUGUGCAAAAGUGGUUGGUAGAGACUGUAAUGGCGUGGAUGUUGGAGUGGGAAUUGGAGAGGGGGUCGUGGAGGCAGGAUGUAUAGAGGAGAUUUCCGGAGGGAGAGGGAGAGAGAGAGAGAGGAGAGAUCUCUAGGGAGAAAAAGAGACUUGUUGAAAAAAAUGUUAGGUACAGA